AUGGAUGCUACUCUGCUCUGCAAUCUCAAAGGAGGUACCAGAGAGGUGACUCUGAGGCUUCGUCUGCUCCAUAUGUGGUAUGCCAAGAAUCCUUCUGGGACAAGGGUGUUUAAUCACUGUUGCCUCUGGGUGGAUCAGACGGGUAUGCUCAUUCAGAGCCUUGCUGAUGUCUCUAUUGGGUCUGAAUUUGAGCGUGUGCUGCGCGUGGGAGUUAUCUACGUUCUAAGGUCUUUUGGUCUCAGUGCUGCAAGGAAUCUCUAUCGUGCUUGCUCAUUUGAUCUGAUAAUAGAGUUGUCAGCAACAACUAUUUUCCAGGCCUGUUCUCUACCUGCAGCUGAAUUUCCAACUGAUUCCUUUGAGGUUGUUCCUUAUAGUGAGCUGUCUAACCGUUCAGGGGACAAUCGUAUCCUUGCAGAUGUUGUCGGCCGUCUUCAUUCUAUUAGCGGGAUUGAUCAUCAGGUUACUAAUCACGGGUCGACUCCAAAACAAGUUCUGGUCCUUGAGAAUGCACAAUAG